AUACAGGUUGAAGAUGUGUGUGGCUAAGGCCGCUGCUUCCAUGCAGGCUCCGUAAUGACUGAUGGAUGUUGCACCUUGCGCGCCUUCCAUACUUCACUUAUCCGCCGCAAAUUUUCCCAGAAUACAGCAUCAGGUAGGUAGUUCUAGUAGAAUCUGAUCACCUACGUCGACCCGUAAGUCGGCUAAGAAGCCCAUAACCACGAUACUGAAGAUGGAAUUCUCUUUACGUUGCAAUGUGCAAACCUGUCGAGCCGAAUUGAAUGAACAAGCAAUCGUCACCACCUGCAGUCAUAUCUUCUGCAUUGCUUGUGCGAACGACUUGGGUCUCACACAGCCAUUCAACGCUACUAGGGAUUGUCCCGCUUGCCAUGCUCAUCUACUGAACCCAGAUGAUGCAGUCGUGAGCAAGCUCAACCCUACACAGGACUACAAGACAAGUAUCCUGAGCGGUCUGAGUCCAUUUAUCAUUAUGGAGUGCGCUGGAAGAGGCCUGCAGUUCUACUGUUAUCAGACCACUCAAGAGAUCUUCUAUCAAGAACACCAGGUCAGGAACUUGAAUGAGCAAUGUCUGAAUGCCGAAUCUCACCUCGAGAAUGUCAUACAUGAUGCCAACGCCGAAGUUGCCAGAUUGAAAGGCAAAGUGAAGGCUGCAGGUGACCAAAUUACAUACUUGAAGGCCAAGUAUGCUGAAGUUCACGACCAGCUCGCCGCGAAAACGAAGCAGUACAACCAGACAAACAAGUGCUACAUGAAUCUGAAAUCGAAGACCAUGCAGCCUCACGUUGCAAAAGCUGCCUCUCACAAUGCUGACGAGAUUUUGCGAUCAGGUCGUCAGACCCAACAUUAUGGUGAUGGAGGUCAUGGCAGCGGCAUGAUAAAUCCCGCCCCAGCUCACUUUCAGAGGGACAUGACCGGCAAAGGCCAAUCACACUUGCGACGGCAAAGUGGAGAAGACGACAGGAAUCCUUCGUACGGAUAUGGCACUCCGAAUGCUUACAACAUGUCAAGCAUGGGAAGAGUGCUUUCUGGACGUCAGUUACCUGUGUCGAAAAUAAGCAUAUUAACUGACUACCUCAGAUACCGUGCAUUUGGGUACGCCUUCGCACAGGGUACAGCUCCCAGUCAAUCGAGGCCAUGCACCUAACCCAAACAGCUAUCCAGACGUGUCGGAGAGGUCUGCUC